AUGGUUCAAGCUAGUGUUUCUCCACCAGUUCCUCAUUGGGAACUUGGAAUUGGCUCUAUUGCUUGCCAUGCAUGGAAUAAAGAUAGAACACAAAUUGCUGUUUCCCCAUCAAAUAAUGAAAUACACAUUUUUGAAAAGUCUGGUGAUUGUUGGCGUUCAAUACAUAUUCUUUCUGAACAUGAUUUGCUUAUAACUGGAAUUGAUUGGUUAAAUUUAUUUUGUUUUUUGGGUUAUUUUUUAAAUUCAAGGGCGCCAGACACAAAUAGAAUAGUUUCUUGUUCUCACGAUAAAAAUGCUUUUGUUUGGACAUUUGAUCCCAAACAAGGACAAUGGAAACCGGAAUUAGUUUGGAUUCGAACAAAUCGGGCAGCAACUUGUGUAAAGUGGUCACCAAAAGAAAAUAAAUUUGCUAUUGGGACUGGGGAACGUUUAAUUGCUGUUUGUUAUUAUGAGCGUGAGAAUAAUUGGUGGAUAUCUAGACAAAUUAAAAAACCAAUUCGUUCAACUGUUAUUUCCCUCAAUUGGCAUCCAAAUAAUGUUCUUUUGGCAACUGGCUCUUGUGAUUUUACAACUCGAGUAUUUUCUGCUUAUGUUAAAGAGGUUGAUGAUAAACCUUCACCAAAUCCUUGGGGAACUAAAAUGCCUUUUGGUGAAUUAUUGAAAGAAUAUAAAACUGGUGGUUGGGUAAAUGAUGUAGCAUUUUCUCCUUCUGGAUGUCGAUUAACUUGGGUUUGUCAUGAUUCAACAAUUUCAAUUUUUGAUUCAACUCACAAUCAACAACUACCAAUUACACAAAAAACACCCUUCUUGCCUUUUACAUCAAUUAAAUGGAUUAAUGAAUCUGAAAUAUUGACUGCUGGUUUUGAUUGUUCGCCAAUUCUUUAUAAUUUUGACGGUUUUACAAUUAAAUUUAUUUGUAAAUUGGACGUUCCUUCUGAAAAUAAAAAUAAUCAAGCAAAUGUUAAUAGUGCCUUUGCAAUGUUUCGGAAUUUUGAUAAAAGGGCAGCUGUGGCAAAUGGUGGAGGGGGAAGUGAAUUUGGAGUAAAUAAUUCUUUGAAUAAUUCUUUUGCAAAGACUUUACAUCAAAACACUAUUUUAGAAUUAAAACUACAUAGCGUUACAAAUACUUCGAGUAAAUUCUCUACUUGUAGUGCUGAUGGAAUUAUUGCUGUUUGGGACGUUAAUGUUUGUGUGAAAAUUUUUUUAAUUUAA